CCCCUAUUUAUCGCCUUGUCUGAGUCUGAUACUCCUACUUCUGUAAGCUAAAGCUGCUUACAUAAUGAAAAAUGAAUUAAAUAAAUUCAUGGGAUUCAAUUUGGUUCUUGAUUUCAAAUUCAUUGGUGGAAACAACAAAAACCCUCAACCCGUCCCACCAAAAUCAAGGGAUUCACCCCAAAAAAGAGCAUUGAUUCCCGCACACGUACUCACAAUCUCUGGCUGGAGCUGUUAAUGAUUCAUAAAUGAGAAAGCCCCAUAAACCCACAUCCCUAGAAACCAAAUUCUCACUCAUUUCUUCAUCACCCUUCUCUUUUUAACCACUGCUUUUCCCUCUCAAAUUUCAAUUUCUCUGCAUUUUUUCCGUUCAAUUGUUCGAAUUCUUCAAGUGCUGAGAGAGUAUGGCGAUGAGAUGGGAGAAGGUGCAGGUGAGUGGAGUGGGUGGUGGGCCCGGGGUGAGGUGGGGCCACACAUGCAACGCCAUUGGAGGAGGGAAACUUCUCUAUGUUUUCGGCGGAUAUGGGAAAGAUCAGUGCCAGACGAAUCAAGUUCAUGUUUUUGAUACUGUUAAUAUGUUUUGGAGCGAGCCUGAUGUGAAGGGUACACCACCUACCCCAAGAGACAGUCAUAGCUGUACCACAGUUGGAGAUAAUCUGUUUGUAUUUGGUGGUACAGACGGAAGAAGGCCACUUAAUGAUUUGCAGGUUUUUCAGACUUCCUCCAACACAUGGGUCGUACCAUGUGUUAGAGGUGAUGCUCCAGAACCAAGAGAAGGCCACAGUGCAGCACUUAUCGGUAAAAGACUCUUCAUUUUUGGUGGAUGUGGCAAAUAUGAGAACAGUGAAAUCUACUAUGAUGAUCUUUACAUAUUGAAUACUGAGACUUUCGUGUGGAAACGUGUGCUCCCAUCGGGUAUUCCUCCAAGUAAAAGAGACAGUCAUACCUGCGUCUCUUGGAAUAACAAAAUCAUAGUCGUUGGUGGUGAAGACUCCUUUAACUAUUAUCUGUCGGAUGUGCACAUACUUGAUGCUGAUACUCUUGUUUGGUGCAAGUUGAACACUACUGGCCAGCUAUUGCCACCUCGAGGUGGGCACACAACAAUUAGUUUGGGCAAAAAUUUGUUUGUCUUUGGUGGGUUCUCAGAUGAGCAGAACUUGUACAGUGAUGUCUAUAUGCUCGACAUUGAAACUGGUGCCUGGAUCAAAGUUGCAGCAAUGGGGGAAGGCCCUUCCGGCAGAUUUUCCAUGGCUGGUGAAAGUUUGGAUCCCCAGAUGGAAGGUGUUCUUGUUUUUAUAGGCGGCUGCAAUAAAAAUCUCGAAGCGCUAGAUGACAUGUAUUACUUGCACACAGGGUUUUCUAGAGACAUCGACAGAGAUGACAGGCGUAAUGAGAAGUUAUCUUUGAGGAAACAGCUGAAACUGAAAUGUCAAGAGCAAACGACGGGUACACCUGGCUGUGAGAAGGUUUCUUAUGGUGCCGAACAUGAACACGAUACUAACAUUUACCAACCCAUGCCGAUAUCGACUUAUAUGCCAGCAGGCAGGCAGAAUUUCUAUUUGAAUGAAUUUCAAACCCCUGUUGGAAAAAGGACCUUCCAAGCUAAGGUCUUUAAAAGCUUCCCUGAUGGAUAUACAAUCGAAACUAUCAUCGAUGGGAAGCCUCUACGUGGAGUGUUAUUUUCUAAUAAAGCAACCUCUACUAGCAUGGGUGUCGAUAAUUUCGAUAGUAAGAUGGAAGCUAUGAAGAUUGACGAUCCAAAUGUGCACGUCGAUCACAAUACCGGGAUGGGGAGUGAGAAACCUCUGCAGCAUGAUGCGAUUGUUGUUGGACAAGCAGAUGUUGUUGGGCAUGAUGCAGAAGGAGCUAAAAAUCCUGAUGCUGGGAAUGAUAUGGGAAUCGCUACUACAGAAACUAAAAAUCCUGAUGCUGAAUCGUCGAUACCCCAAGAGGUUCCUGUAGCUUCAGAAAUGCAACCGGUACCUGCUGGUGAUGCAGGAAGCGAUGCGGCGGCUAUUAAUCAAUUGCUACCUGAUGUUGAAAUGCAUGAUGUAUAUGUCCCCGCACCUAUUGAGGAUCAAACACUCCCAUAAUUUGAAGGCUGAGAUCUCGUGGAACUGAACUGAUUUUUCCAGAUGAGAAUUCUUCUGGGCCAAACUCUGUAUAGCUUCUAACUACUGAAAUAGCCAAGAACGUGUCGACUAUUUUUUGCAGUCUCUGCUUGGAUUGUACGCCUCUCUCUCCCUUCAGAAACUACACUUUUAACCAAAAUGCAAGUCACAGUUAGCUAGCUAGCCAAAUGUUGAGUUCAUUUAUAUUAGUUAGUAAAGCUGCAGAUUCACAAUUUACUUCUCUUCCAAUUUUGCAGUAAUAUCAUCCUUCUCUUA